AUGGCCUCCCGCCACCACCACCCCUGCUCACGUCACCACCACAAUCAUCAAAUCCCCACUUCUCCACACUGCUACACAUUCAAAGACUCUCCUCCCUGCUGCAACCCUCCUCCACCACAACCAGACAAUCUCCUCCACCUCCUCGCUUCCUACCUCCAAACCCACCAACAAGCUCCAAACUUUCCUGUUCCCAACCAAACCUGCUCCUGCAACAGCAAAAACAUCCCACAAGAACAAGACCAAGUCAUCCUCCUCUCUUGUCUCCUCCGCAAAAUCGAUAACCUCGAGUCAUCUCUCAACAAGUUCGCAUCUUUCCACGACCACCAGCGUCGCGACCGCCACUUCUCCACGGUGAGAGACUCUGCGGCGAGAGUUAUCCAAACCCAUUUCCGAUCUUUCCUUGUCCGAAGAUCCAUCUCCUUCAGACAUCUCAAGGAGCUUGCAAUGAUCAAAUCUAGCUUCUUGUCUCUCAAGUCUUCGGUUUCAGGCAAACCCAUUUUCAAUUUUAAAGUUGUUUCUCGGAAAGCUACUGACUUGCUCCUUCAAUUGGAUUCAAUUCAGGGUAGGGUUGAUCCAAUGAUAAGGAGUAGUAAGAGAUCUUUGAGCAGAGAUUUGGUGAGGUUUCUGCAGUACGUUGAUGAUUGUGUUGUUACAAGGUAUGAGUUUGUUAGUAGAUCUUCUGCAGUGAAUGUGGGUAGCUACAGUAAAAAGCCUCAGGGUUUUGAAGAGAGAAGAGUGGUGAAGUUGAGAAACAGAAUGGGGAGAGUCUUUGUUGCUUGUGAUGAUGGGGAUGAAGAGUUGGACUCUGCUGCUACUGAUGAUAGUGAAGAAGUCUUUGUUGAUAAGAGAAGGACUGGUAGCUCUAAGUUUAGAACUACUGGGGCCAAUGUAGUGAAGCCUCAGGUUAGGAGAACCAUGGUAACGUCGAGUGUUGAGGAUGAUUCAGUUGAUAGUGGAGAGGAAGAAAGGGUGGUGGUAUGUAGGGAUGAUGAAAGGAAGAAGCGUGGUUUGAAAGCUAGGAAGAUGGUUUUGGUGAAAGGAAGUGGAGGGAAGAGCCGGGUGGUGAAAACUGUGAGGUUUGAUGAGAAUGGGAAUGUGUAUAAGGUUUAUGGAGAUACUCCAGAGGCAAGCAUUAGCGGUGAGGGAGAGGAUGACUCGACAAGCGGAUCAAACGAUGGAAAUAGGAACGAAGUUGAGGAAAUCAAGUAUGUGCCUAAGGAAAACGAGGGCUUUGAAGAAGAGGAAGAAGAAGAAGAAACUCAAUCUGAAAAUGAAGUCUCUUCUUCAGGUGGCAGUGAAGUGGAUGCAAGAAGUGCUAGUAACCCGGGAAGUGAUGAACACAAGAAGAGGGAGAUUCAGGUUCAAAAAGGAAACUUAAUGUUCACUCCUCCAUUGCCACUAAAGAUGGAACCUUGA